CUUCACCCCACUUCACCUUCCAAACUUCGCUUCGACUCUCAUACCCCAGCUCCAUACCCUCACCGGGGGUGAGCACAAUCCCAACCCAGAGAUGCACAGCCUCGACUCCAUCCGGCGCCACCUCCUUGACGAUUCAGAGAUGUCUUCCUCCGGGGUAACAGCAACUCCCCAGCCCCUCUACAACCGGAGCUCCAGCUUUGGCCGACUAGUCGCCGAUCACUGGAUCGAGGUCCCCUUCCGCCCGGACGACUCCGACGACAUGGUUAUCUACCUCACCCUCCACGACGCCUUUAGGCACGGCUGGCUUCCCGAAGGCGGCAGCGCCACAGCCUCCGUUCUUCCGCCUCUGGUGAAGCCCGAUUCGCCGGAUAUAGGGGUGCCGGCGAAGGGCAAACACUAUCGAGGAGUGAGACAGCGGCCGUGGGGGAAGUUUGCAGCGGAGAUUAGGGAUCCGGCGAAGAAUGGAGCUAGAGUUUGGUUGGGGACAUUCGAGACUGCGGAGGAAGCCGCGCUGGCAUACGAUCGCGCCGCAUAUAGGAUGCGCGGUUCUCGCGCGCUUCUCAACUUUCCGCUACGGAUCAGCGAGGAGGCUGAUUUAUCGCCGGCGUCUGGAAAGCGGGUUAAGCCGGAGCCAUCAUCGCCGUCGUUUUCCUCUUCGUCUUCGUCGCUUAUUUCCCAAUCUGAGGGAUCGACUAAGAGGAGGAAGAGAGGAGACGCGGCGGCGAGGAUGGAGCCUGCUUCGCCGGCGGCUGUGUCGUCGUCUCCGUCUGCGGCACCCUUACAGUUGCCGGCUCAGGCGCAGGCCGGUCUGGGGUUUGGGAUUAGGCCGGUCGAGUUCCAGGGAGGAGCAGUGGAACAACUUACACAUGUCGGGCAGCUGCUGGUUAGCUGAAGUGGAGUUGUGUGGGUUUGGGAUCGAAGGUGAACGCCUACCCAGUUUUGGGGAACUGUAAAUGAUUGAAAGUUUAGGGGACAAUAAGUAAAAUAUGGAUGGGCAAUGCCAUUGGACAAUUUU